UAGAUCAGACAACAAACUGAAGAAAAUGCUUCAUCUGGUUGUCUCGUUCUGUUUGUGCUGCUGGUGUCUGACCGAUGGGUUUGGAGAAAUUGUGUCAGUGCUGGAGGGAGAUUCUCUCCUUUUACAUGCUUCCAAUAUACAUCAAGAUGAUGAUUUGGUAUGGAAAUUCGGAGCUGAAAAAUCUUUGAUUGCCGAAAUGAGUGGAGCUGCUGGAAUCUUCUUCAUAUAUGAUGAUGUUCUUGAUGGGAGAUUCAGAAACAGACUGAAGCUGGACAAAGUCACUGGCUCUCUGACCAUCACAAACAUCAGAACUGAAGAUGCUGGAGAUUAUGAACUGAAGAUCAGUGGCGCAAUACUGAGAGAUACAACAUUCAGAGUUUCUGUCUAUGCUCGUCUGCCUGUCCCUGCCCUCAUCAGGGACUGUUCUUCCUCCUCAUCUUUAUCCUCACCGUCUAAUUGUUCAGUGUUGUGUUCAGUGGUGAAUGUGAGCGCUGUGAGUCUCUCCUGGUACAAAGGAAACAGUGUAUUGUCCAGCAUCAAUGUGUCUGAUCUCAGCAUCAGUCUUUCUCUACCUCUGGAGGUGGAAUAUCAGGAUAAAAACACCUACAGCUGUGUGAUCAACAACACCAUCAGCAACCAGACCACACAUCUGGACAUCAACACACUAUGUCAGACGUGUCCAGCUAAGGCGGAAACAUUACCAGUUUUAUAUCAGAGUCUUGUCUUAUGGCAGAUUGUGCUGAUCUCUGUUGUUGCUGGAUUUCUGCUGAUUGUAACAGUAAUCGGGAUCGUCUGCAUCUGCAAUAAAGGAAAAACAAUUCGGACCAAGAAGAAGAACACAAAACAUUCAGCUUUGUGUAAACCCAAAAAACGAAAAACGAAAUCAAAAACACAGGCAGUGUAUGAAAACGUCCCCAAAAAACGGUGAUCUAACACUGGAUCUAUAUUGGAAAAACGGUAAUCUAACACUGGCUCUAUACUGGAGAUGGUUUUGGCACACCCUGCAUAACCCUCUUUGGAGAGCACUUAUUUCCGGAUUCAUUCUCAGUUUUGUUUUCAACAUUAUCAUCAUCACACCUUUUGAGUUUGUCUAAAUAAAUAAUUUAAUGUUUGGUGUAUUGCAUUGUAGCUGUGUUUUUUGGUUAUUCUCUGUUCUUCCUCAUUCCCUAAGCUUUACAUACAUGCUAAUUUUCUGCCCUCUAGUGGCUAAACACACACACAACACACAUAUAUUACAGCACCCCUCCUUUACCUUAUGGCUCGUUUCCACUGACUGGUACGGUACGGUACGGUACGGUACGGUUCAGUUUGGUACGAGUCACCUUUAUCAGGCUUGCGUUACCCCUAACAAGGGUAGCCUUUUGGUGGGCGUGGUGUAAGACAGAAAUUUUCAGUCGACGUCAUUCUCGCUCGAGGAAAUGUCUACAGUAAAGCUGUACAGGUCACUCACAUAUCAUAUGAGAAGCACUUCUCACAAAACAGAUGCUUCAAACACAUAAAUACUUGUGUAGAAAUGUUUAUUACUAACUUUUCAAUGAACAUGAGUUGAUUAUAACUGCAGAUCAAUGACAGUGGAAACGGCUAUAAAAGUGUACCAAACCGAACUGUACCGUACCACUCGGGCCACUAGAAAUUCCUACACUUUUUUUUUGUCACAGACUUUUUUUUUUACAUAAUUAAAAUAUAGUUCCAUUUGUAAUACAAAAAUGAUAGUAAUAUAAACAAAUUAA